CAGGUUAAACAGCAAAUAGGCUGCACAAAAUAAUGAAAAUGCAGCUAGUGGUACUUCUGAAAAAUUGUCCUGUGAACAGUUGCAUGUGCAUUCUUCUUUGGGGCGGUGCAGGCAGUGUGUGUAUAAGUGUGAAUCAAUUAUUUCAAAUUUGAAUAUCCGAUAAUUUCAGUGCUUACUAUUGAAUAUGUCCAUAGUUUUCAAGUCCAAUCGCCCUUAAACGUCAAGAUAUAAACUUACUUUAGUGCUACGCCCUAAAACGGCGAUUUGGCGGUCAGCCAGCCUGACAUGGGUGAGAUGGACGAGGCGCUGCAGGAGUUUGCGUCGACGGGCCGCGCCGGCCGCAGGAACGCCCUGCCGGACAUUCGCGGUGAGCACGCCAGCACAUCGACAGCCGACCUUCCCGGCCAGAUGGAGAAGAUGUCCUGUUCAGACGCCGGCAGUAACCCGCAGGCGGCCGGUCCCUCUGGGGCGUCGGGAACGGGCGGCGCCGGGGGAGGAGGCGACGGCAGUGCUGGCGGCGGCGGCGGCGACCAGGGCCAGAGCGGCUCCUAGUGACGGCCGGGCUGCGAGCUCCUCUGGCGUCCGACCGACGACCGACGACCACCGGCCCGGGCCGCUCUAGUCUUUCGCGGCGGGCCGCGGUGACGAGCCAGGCGCGGCGGCCGGGCGGGCGCUGCCCCAGCUCGGUGCUGGCGAGGUGGGACGCUGCUCCCAGCCCAGUACCGGCUAGAGACCGGCUGACCUCGUCUGAGGCUCUGUAGCCGCACCAAUGCCGACCCUCGCUGGCGGUGUACACGCAGGGUAGCGUCGGUAGAACUAACUGUCCCUCGGGCGGCUCGAGGCGCUCGGUAGUGCUGCCCAGCUACCUUAGAGACAUGCAGCUGGGUUGCGACCGGCGAUGGCGGACUGAGCUGGGACGGUAGGCCGAGCGUGAGUGAGUGACUGUUGCCCUAAUAAUCCUCAGGUUGGUGUUGUCUUGUGCUACGCUUAUAUGCAAGAUUCACUCAUGUCGUCCGUUUUUGUUUCAAAAUCCCGUGCGAUCGUGCCAUGCUGUAUACCAAAGAUGUUGCUCCCCACAUGGUCGUUUUGUGUGCACUUUGUCGGCUGUUCACAUGGUGAUGAGAACCGUUUCUCAUGCUGAUUUACGUUGCACUGCAGUCACUGAACGGUCAAAGUAGGGAAACAACAGUUCCGGCCGAUCCAGGGACUGUUGUGUGAUGCUACUUUGCUUAGACGCUGCAGCACGUCGACGGGUAUAGCAUGUCAUGGUUGCGUUUGUGAGCCUCGCCCCGCGUAGCUUCACGUUUUACAAAUAGUUGACGUUUGUGUGUUGGAUUUUCAGCGUCAUGAGCGAAAUUACUGGCUACAGUACUGGUCUCCAUAGAAGCUAGUUCAGCGAUCUGCCACCAGACCUGAACUGUUUGAGCGUAUUCUCGAGUGAUUGGUAUGAGCUGAAGGAGGGUAGAUGCGCCAGGGACCGGAUGUCAACGAAUCGAUGUCGUGUUGUGAACGUAAUCGUCGCGGACCGAGCAGGUGGCUCGCGGACGGGUCGGUGCUAGCUAGGCCACUGGUAAGUCUCGUCGGAUUGAUCUCGGGCCAAUACUACUCGCUGCUCCCAUCGGAGGCUGCCACAAUGGAUUUCAGCACUGGCCACGACCCGACCGCGCACCUACUUAUACAGAAACCCAGUGACUGUCCCGAAAUGCACUAAUCUGCUGUGUCGAUGGGUUGAUGCACUUGGAUCGGUAUGUUUUCCUACCAGUGCCGAGGCGUCCGCCCGGCCACCGCACUAGUCCAUGCAGGUACGCUUCCGUACACUAAAUCGAUGUGAUUGGUGGGUGUCGCCGCGAGUGUCCCGCUUGUAGGCCCUGUGAAUAACGGUGAUACCUGAGAGCGAGCUGUGUUCGAGUGGCAAUGUCGGCGUCGUCAAGCGUGGUCGUCGGUCUGUUUCAACGUUCACACCGAACACUGCCCAUGUCUCAUUGCGUUGCUAUAAGUUUUUGUCGUCAUUUUGCUUUUUUAUAGGCUUUCCCCUUUGUAUUUGUAUUGCAUUUGUGUGCAUGCGUUUUAGAGUUCGUUGCUUUGGUUUUUGUCUGCUGCGCUCACGUUAAUAUCUAAAUCUGCAUUGCGUUCUAAUAGGUGAUCUUUGCGCGACACUAUAUAGGUACUUUGCAUAAUAUUUUCAUAUGCCAUUCUUUUUCAUGGCGCUGUCGAACAGCUGUUGCCUCAUUUUAUAUGCUUGCGGGUCGCGUGGACGAUGUUUUCCCCCAAUAAUCUGUCAGGUUGUCCGUGGAUGUUGUGUCUCACCCUCAGACGCACUUUUUCAUUGUUUGCAGCAUCGUUGUCAAUCGUUGCAAACGGGCGCGAUGGUGCUGCCGGACGCAGCGGCCGUCCCGGGGCCGCCCCGGGCCGGCUCGGACCGCCUCCGACCGGCUUUUGCUACCUUUGUAAGGUUCUGUCGUCCGGCAGCCGGUCCCGUCUGUCGCCUCGCCGGCGACGUGUCGUGUCAGUGAUGGUGGCCAAUAUACGCCGAAUUGUUA